AAACGGGACCAAAACGUUCUUAAGAACUGAUCUAUAUUUUGGAUGGAGAAAAUGGAUCUAGAUUCUUGCCCACCUAGACAUAUGCAAGUCAUUUGAAGCAAACGCACCCGAGAACGUGAAUUCGGAGAGAGGGCUGAGAGUAUGACUGCCUUACUCGGCGACGAUGGGCGGGGCUAUGAGCUGGCUCGGAAGCUGGAGAAUCACGGCGUCUGGCGCUCAUGGCUCGGUGAUUCACUCUACCCCACCUUCAUUCAUUUCCUUUCUUCGCCGGCUACAUGGGAUGCCUUCAUGCGAGCCGAUGACUCCAAAACUAGGGCUCAAAUCCAGCUCCAGCUCCGCGCUCGAGCUCUGCUCUUUGACAAAGCAUCAGUAUCUCUCUUCCUUCGCUCCGAUCAAUCUUCUUCUUCUUCUUCUUCCGCAAUUUCUAAGCUCAAUCCAAAUUAUUUGCAAUUACACGGAGAUGAUGUAUACUUCACCCUGGAUAGUUGUUCACAAGAUGCUGCUGGUGCUACUACAAGUUCUAUGUCAUCAGAGGUUCAACCUAGAUCAACUUUUGGUAUUGGAUCAAAAUAUGAGUCAGAAAUGGAUUCUACAUCCCAGUGGUUUAAGGCUGAGGAUUUACCGGUAACUUGGUAUGAUCAGUUCAUUGAUAAAUACAAAGCACACAAACCAUACAAGUUAUCAUUUGGGGAUAGGGAAGCAGAAAAAAGGACACCAGAGCUGAUGGCUGCUUAUCUUAGAGCUGUUGAGAAUCAUAAGAGGAGGAGGAUAGCUUUUAGAGGAGAUCAGCAAUCAAACUUGGGGUUGGAUGGAAGUACUGUACUUGAUCAUGAUGGAUCAUUUUUUCCUGAAAUAAUGUUUACCUUGAAUUGUGUUCCUGAUAAUGCAGUAUUGCAAUCAAGUGAAGUUCAGGAAACCAAGAAACUGGAGUUUAAAGGCAUCCUGGAUACAUUACCCCAAAUAAUGACAAAGAGUCCUAUUAUGAUUGAGAGGCUUGGCAUCAAGCCUGAGUACCUUAGUGUGGGACAAGGAGGGAAUCAAAGUCGUGGAAAGAAUGGGUUUGAAGGGAGCAAGAGAGUGCUUGGGGUAGAGCAAGCAUUAAAGGUAUCCCAAAAAGUGGUAGCUCGGACACUAGCAAAUAUUGGAUUUGAAGCUUCAUCACAAGCCCCAUUAGAAGUUAUGGGUCAAUUGCUAAGUUGCCAUAUUUCUAAAUUGGGGCGUAUCUUAAAACUCCUUGCCGAUAGCUAUAGAAAACAGUGUCCAGCCAUUGAUCUACUAAAGAUGUUCCUUCAAACAGCUGGACACAGUAAUCUCGGAGCCUUGGCUGAGCUUGUGAAGGAUAACAGUAGGAAUGUUAUCCAUCAACCUCCACAGCAACUGCAAGAAUUUCAGCCACAAAUGCAUCCUCAGCACCAAGCUCAAGUGCGGCAAUCCCAACAGAUACAGGGGCAAAUGCAUCCUCAGUUGCAGCAGAUGAUUCAAAAUAAUCCUCAAAACCUGGCAUCACAGCAACCGCAGCACUUGGAAAGAAUGCGUCGGCGGCAGCAGCCGACUCCUCGCCCUGCAGUUACCAUGGGUAUGAACUCAAAUAUGGAUAUUGAUAAGGAGAGGCCGCUGGCUGAAGUAAAACUUGAAAAUCCUAGUGAUUUCCCAAUCGGUAAUAAUAUUGCAAUGAGUGCAAGAAAUGCCCAGUUAAUAGAAAUGCAUUUUCGCCAGCAACAACUAGCAGCAAUGCAAUCUACACAUCCUCAAAGUGGAAACCAGUUUAGGCCAAUGACUAAUCCUCAAGUUCCGCAAGUUCAUUCACCGAAUAUGGGAAUGGUUAGGGCUCAACCGGUGAAGGUUGAAGGGUUUCUGGAGUUGAUGGGUGGGGAUCCUACAUCGAAGCAUGAUUUCGAAGAAAACAAGCUGACUUCUCCAAAGUAGCAUGCGACUAACACCGAAUUAUCAUCUAUGGGUAACUUAUUCUGUAUCUUUGCAAUGAUUCUUGCUCUUUUAGGAUCAAAACUGGAAAUGUGCAAUGAUAAAGUGGUUCUAUUUAGAGUGUCUGGUAUUGAUUCCGACUAUGGAAUAGAGAAUCAAUUGGGAACAUUUAGAUGACUUCCCAUAAGCCAUUGUAAGCUGAUUUUGUAAAAGAGAAAAAGACAAGAUACUCUGUACAUUAUUAUUAAGCCAUUGACAAAGUUGGU